CAUUUUAAAAGACGGCCACACUGGUUUCACCCUCUAUAUUGGUAUUGGUAUUUUACGAUAAUAUCUUGGUGGUACGUGUAAGUAGAAUAUUUUAACAGAAUUCAAUUUUUUAUUAAUAAUGUGGAGUUGUAGUAGCCUAAUUUUAUUAAGACCAGCAAAAAAAAAUUAACUAAACAACAUACAUGCUAUGAGCCCGUCCAUUUGCACGCAUCCAUACGAAAGAGCAAUAGUGCGAUGAAACCACAUACAUAUGUACAUCACUGUUGUCAGCAUAACAUUAAACAGGAGGCAACUGAAAAUGACAGAUUCAAUGAAAUUUGGUCCGGAAUGGUUACGCAAUAUGUCAGCCGAGCCUUCGAGCUCUCCCAGUACCUACAACGUUGGUACUGGUGCUCAAAACAUCUCGAUUGGAGGGCACAACCUGGGAAACAACACGACAGCAUCCACUUCGCGUAAUCUAUUUCCAGAAUACCGGUACGGACGCGAGGAAAUGCUGUCCUUGUUCGAUCGGAAUUGCCUACUGCCUCAUAUCCUACCAUCGUUCAGAAAGCUCUUCGUGGAGAAGGUCCAGUACCCGCUUGCACUAACACCGAGCUCGGAGGAGGACACCAACCAAAACUCGCUUGGCAAUAACUCUCGUCCUGCCUGGUUGCAGCGCUCGCCCGGUGGAUUUGGUAGUGCCUCCCGAGGAUCUGGACGUGGUGGAACAGUCGACCGGGGCCGAAUGCGCGGAAAAUCUGCAUAUCAUCCAAUAUACCAACGCCCAAGCGGUCUAUAUGAUGAAAGCUUAUCGGUAAUAUCAGUUAAGGCCGAACGCACAUGGAGCGAUCGCAACGGAACUGGAGAUUCUGCGGCUACCACCACCUCCACUAGUGGCCCUGGUGGUAUAGAUUGGAACGGAACGCCAAGCUCAAGUCCUCGAAAAGAUUAUUCUAGUCAUCAUCGCAACUUGGAAAAUUGGCGACGAACACGUAACGAAGAUGGAUCCGGAGAUGGUCCAGCUACCAGCGGUUCCAUCGGAGGACCCGAUAUUGCUGGUUGGCGGAGCGGUGUCGUCGGUGGAAGUACAAGCACAAGUUUUGGUACCAAUAGCCAUCGCUGGGGAAGAUCUACAAGCUGGCGUGAUGAAGACCCUAGCGUCGAGAAUACAACUAGUUUGCAACGUUCGAUUUCAUCAGUUGGGACUUUAGGUACAGAUCGAGACCGCACUGGAAACAGUAAAGGAUCUGGAAUGGGAGUUGCAGAGCCGGGAGGAAGCACAUCGCACCCACGCUUGUCGAGCCAAUUAUGGACUGUUAAUAGUGCAGGCGGUGUUGAUGUCGACGAAAAUCUUCCCGAAUGGGCAAUGGAAAAUCCAUCGGAGUUGGGUGGCAGUUUUGAUGCUAGUGGAGCGUUUCAUGGAGAUACCGAUCUAAAACUUAACAAAAGUUCGCAUAUUUUAAAAACCGAAAGCUUAAACUCCGAUAACGAUGUGACAAACCAAAAAAGAAAAGACCUGUCUGAUGCAGAUAGUGUUAAAGAUAAAACCUCAGAAACCUUAUUAACGAAAGAUUCCAAUUCAGCAGCUGUGCAAGAAGAAGUUGAAAGCAGUUUAUCCCCAAAAAGCUCUACAACGACAAAGAAGGAAGAGAUCCAUGGAGAUAUUUCAGAACGGAUCAAAGAGGUCGCCGAUGAAGUAGAAAAACUUAUAAUGGAUGAUGAUCAUAAAAGCUCGGCGAAUCAAAGCGAACUUCAAAAUGAUGACCGGUUUACAGCUGCACUACCAAGUCUAGCAGCCAUUGAGAUAAGCAUAGAACCGAGUGUUACAGGAGUGCAACAGCAAGCGCCUUCCACCAUGCCCAUACGAGUUCCCAAUACAAUUACAGAUGUCGCUCAUCCAGCCCAUCAGCAUCCAGGUGUUUCGUUUUCGGAUCAUGAGACUUUGCAACAUCAUAACAUGCAUCUACCACAUUUUCCGAUGCUUCCUACACCGCAUAUGAUCAAUUCAAAUCUGAAUGAAUUGUGGUUUUACCGGGAUCCGCAGGCAAAUGUACAGGGGCCAUUCAGUGCCAUUGAGAUGACCGAAUGGUAUCGCGCUGGCUACUUCAAUGAGAACCUCUUUGUACGCCGGUACUCUGAGAAUAGGUUUAGACCACUGGGAGAGCUUAUAAAAUUUUGUCAUGGUAACAUGCCAUUUACGCACAGUCACUUGCUUCCUUCGCCUAUAGACCUAGAGAACCUUUCUGUUGGUCAAAUACCAACCCCUCUUACAGCGUCCCUCUCAAUUACACCCCAUAAGCCAUCACCAAUUCCUAUCGCACUGUCUGUUGUUGAACAGCAGUUGCAGCAGCAAAGAGAUGAGCAUCUGAAGGAAAAUGUAACCGCAACCGCUGAAUCUCUAAGUGCUGCAAUAAAAGGAAAUUUUAGCGGAAAUAGCAUUAGUAAUACAUCUCAUUUGCUUACAAUGCGGUUUCAAAUGCUUCAGGAUCAGUACUUACAGCACCAGGAAUACCAAAUACUAGCUGAGCUGUCGAAAAAUGAAUGCUUUCAGCGGCUUUCGGCUGCCGAGCAGGAAACAGUUGUUCGUCGGAAAGUUCAAAUGCUGGUUCUUCCUGAGUAUUUGAUUAGUUUAAACGGAUUAAGCAACUCCUUGUCCGUACUGAACCCCGUCGCCGGAAGACAGUUAUACAGUACAGUGGUUGAGCAGGCCAAGAAAGAUCAGCAACAUAUUUUUGCAAACAACAGCGAGCAUCAACGUUCAGUGGGCAAUUUACUAGAUGCUAAUAAUUUUAUUCUAAACGCCCAAAUAAUGCAUCAGCAAUCGCAACAAGAGGUAGGUGCCUUGGCAGCAUCCGUUGAUUGUAUUAUGCAAGGUGGAACUGCACCCGACCUUAGUAAGCCUAAUGAACAGCCAAGGAAUGAGUUGGACUUAAUUAAUGAAUACAACUUACGGAUGCUUUUGCGGGGCCAACCAACAAGUACUCAACAGCAUCCACCUUCGCUGCCGAACUCUGCUAACGAAAAUCUCUCUGGAGUGGAUUUUUUAACUGAAACACAAUUGUUACAGAGGCAAAAUUUAAUGAUUCCUAUCUGGUUACCCCCUAACAAGCAACAACAAUCCGACCAACAGUGGGCUGGAAUGACUAACGCGGAAGCAUCAUUAUGGGGAGUGAGCCACUUAAAUGAAGAGCGUAAUGACGAUCAGCAACUAUAUGUGCAGAAGUCUUCUGAGGCGUGCUUUGUAGAUACAAAAAAAGAUGUGAAAAUUUCACCAUUAUUACAAGUUCAAUCGGGAGAUAUUGUUAAACACAGCACUUCAGGGGAUUUAGAUCAGACCGCUGAAAAUUUAAAGAAUUCACAUAAUCAAAAAAUAGUCAAAUCCCUUGUUUCCGACAUUCAACAGAAUCAUAAGGAACAAAAUUCACAUCAGCACCAGGCAAAGCAGGCUAAUAAGCAGAAUCUGAAUACAAAACAGAAUGCGACACAGCCAGCCUUAGUUAAGCAAAUUAAUGAAGAUGAUCGCAAAAGAGAGCAGACAGAAGAAAAAAAAAAGCAAAAGGAGGAACGCAAGCGCCAGCAAUUGGAAGAUGAAAAACGUAGGGCGUUGCAUGAAUCUGAAGAACGAGCCCGCCAAAUUCGAGAGGAAAAGGAGAGGCAACAGCAAAUACAAGCCCAACGUCGAAAGGCAUUAAUAGGCAAUGCUGAAUCAGUUCAAAGUGGGACUCCAGGAACAUUCGCGUCUGCACAAGGCAACAGGAACGACGCAGCCAAAACAGCAGAGCCGCAAGCAUCCUCUCGCUUACCAUCUACAUCCGUAGCGCCUUGGUCUCUGCAGUCUCCAAAUUCUAUGAGCACUGCGCCUGGUCUCGCAGAGAUACAAAAGGCAGAACGUCGAGAGCGUCGCGCAGACCAGCAGCGACAUCAAGAGCUAUUAGAUAAGCAAUUGCGUGCCAAUGCUGCAGCUGCAGCUGAAGCCAAUGAUGCUCUGCUCAAAUGGCAGUCAACGCCAGCGUCGGCCCCCGUAAUAAGUCUAGCCGAGAUUCAAGCGGAAGAGGCAAGACGGUUGGCCAACGACCUUGUGGAUCAGCAGCGUCGACGCGAAUUGGAACAUCACCAACAAGCUCCUCUAUCAUCAGCGGUUUUGGUAGCAAGUGCAACUUCCAACAUCUGGGGUAACGCUAAUAAAGCAUGGAGCUCGUCCGCUUCUCAAUCACUUUCAUUAAGAACAAGUUCUGGAACUGGUCUAUGGGACGAACCGAAUGCACUAGGUUCUAUUCAACCAAUUUAUGGAUCUGGAACAAGCUGUGCCAGUUCCGUAACUGCGGCGGCAGUCCUGGCAGGAGGAUUGAACUCAACUAGUAAAUCCAAUCUACAAGCUCAAAAUAAGUCUUCGGCUUUAUUUGCGUCGCCUCGAAAUUUGCGCAAGAGUCAAACAGUGCCAGCCUUAAAUAACCCAGGAAAGGCAAAUAAAAGUGGACCAGGACAACGGCCAGAGAAACAAAAUUUGGCCCAAAUUCGUUCAAAAGGUCCACCUGUCUCAGUUGAAGAGAAGGAAAAAGAAAGAAAGACGAAUGUAAAAAGUCAUGUGCAGCAAAGCAGCACCGACCAAGUCAUUAGCAAGGUUAAUGAGUAUGAAAACGAGUUCACUAGCUGGUGCAUAAAGAGCUUAGAUAAUAUGUCCGCUAAAGUCGAUGUACCCACGUUCGUGGCAUUCUUGCAGGACUUGGAAGCGCCAUAUGAAGUAAAGGACUAUGUCCGAAUAUACCUUGGUGAUGGAAAAGAUUCUUUGGAUUUCGCAAAACAGUUUUUGGAGCGACGUAGCAAAUACAAAAGCUUGCAACGUGCCCAAAAUGCACACAAUGACGAUAUGUGCAAACCGGCUCCUGCUAUUACUCCAUCUGCGAACGACUAUGCUGACAGCAAGAACAAGCAGAAAAAGAUUAAAAAGAAUAAGAUGACUAAGAUGGACGCCCGCAUUCUUGGAUUUUCAGUAACAGCUGCCGAGGGUCGCAUAAAUGUUGGCAUUCGAGACUAUGUCGAAGGACCAUAACCACUCCGAAAAUGCGAUCAAAAACUUAAAUUUUUCUAUAAAAUUAGAAAUGUUAUGAACUGCAGAAUAAAAAUAUACCUUAGGUCACAAGAGGAUGUGCGUUAAACCCUGAAAUACCUAAAUAAAUAUAUAUACAUAUAUAUACACUAACAAA